AUGGCAUCCUCCGCGUCUCCAGAUUCCGAUCCCAGCAAUCCCAUCUCUGCGUUACAAAAAGAAAUCGAAGCUGAAGAAUGGGAUGGAUGCUUUGAAUUGAUCGGUCCUCCUGACACAUCCAAAACUACACCAGAACCAACUUAG